AAACAUAGCAAGACAUUCACCCGGGUUUGACGGAGUCUCAACGGAUUUGCCAGCUCACCCAGUACAAAACAGUAUAGAAAACAUUGUAACAGGAAUCACAACACCAGCAGCAGAGACAAAGCCACUCGGUAGAAAAAGAAGGAGAAACUAAGACAUGGCAACAUUCCAUGCGAUUCAGGCCCGAAGCGGCGCAAUUGAGAAGAGUUGGAAUGCAUUCUUGAAAUUUAUGCAGUCCAUAGAUACCACAACACCCAAAAGGCCUUGGUCAGAGGGUAACAUUUCUGAAGUCAAGAGGACCCGCAGGAAAAAGAAUCCUGGACCAACAGAAGAAUUAUUUGCUCCACUAAAGCAUGGAUGGAUUCGAGAAAUUGUAACUCGCCAUAUAUCCAGUCAUGCAAAACAGGAUGUAUAUUAUCAUCCACCAUAUGGCAAGAAGCUGCGAUCAUUAGUGGAAAUUGGAAAGUACUUGAAUCAAGAAAACAUGACUGCUUUGCUGACAGUGGACAACUUCACCUUCUUUGCGGAACCUCUAGGUUAUGGAGAGCCCUUCGAAGUCACCCGAGGAGCAAUUAUGAGGUCACCAUUUGCCUCAAAAACAAAUGGUAGUCCCAAAAAGGAACCAAAUUUGACUCCAAAGAAAGGAUAUCACAUAACGAAAUCAAAACCUACACCAAAAACCAAAACGAAACCCAAGACAAAGGCUAAAUCAGCCAAGCAAAAGUCAGUGGAGAAAGUGGCUAAACCAGCUCAGGUGGCAGAAUCUUCUGAUGAAGAAUAUCAAGUGAUCACAGAAAUUGCAGAAAGCGAUGAGAGUGUAGCCUUACAUUUAGCAGAGACUGACACUUUGGAAAUUGGUCACCAGGCUGAAGCAGUAGUUAAAAAUACUGAAGUACAAAUCAAGAAGAAAAUAACACAUGGCAGUAGACAAGGAAAUAUGUUUAGUAGUCCAGAAAGAAAUUAUCUUUACCAGGAAAUAAAAAAUGCAAAGUGCAGUGCCAGUACUCAGAGUAUGGUGGUUGCUCCUGGUAGUGUCAUUGAGAGCUAUAUUACCAGAACUGGAAGCCCCAAACGAAUCAGGAUAACAGCUGAAAACAAGAAUGGAAAUAGCUCAAUGAACAAGAAGAUGGCAGAGCAUUUCCAAAAUGUACAAAAGCCAGUAGACUCUCCCCAGGAAGAUCAACUAUCACCAAAGGAAAAUCAUUCCCUAAAGGUUAAUGAAACACAUGAAGAAGAACAUAGUAACCAGCAUGAAACAGAAGAAAUUAGUAGGAGUAGGCAUAAUAAUUAUAUUUCCCUCAGCCCUCUGGGUAUAAGUGUUAGAGAUGAACAUAACGAGGUUAGUGAAACAGCAGCUCAUAAAAUAUCAAAAACAAAGAGAAUAGAGAAGAAUAUGAAUGGUACACAGUUAACAGGAAAGGAGAAGCUAGGUGUCCCAAACGAACAAAUAAAUAAAGAAAAAACUUUGCCCAGCGAAGUAUUGUUUGUAGCAUCAGGAAUCCUAGAAAACUUUGAGGAAGACCAUGCUAAAGCAACAGAACUUUCAAGUAACACUUUGUCAACGAUCUUACCUACAUUGCAUAUUAAAGAAGAGCCAGUAGAAAAUGAGUUCCUUCCUGUCAUAUCCAGUGUAAAAAGUGGGAAGGAAGUAGAAGAAAUGUUAGAGACUUCUGAGGAGCCCAUCAGACUGUGGCUUGAUCAAAUUCCAAAUCCACAGAAAGCACAAAGAGGAACAGCAAUUGGAGCUCAGCCAAGAAGUGCUAACAGUUACCCAGAAACAAAUGGGCAAAAGACAGAUAAGACAACAGUAGUUUCUAGAAUACAGCUUAAAACAAAUUUUCUAGGCUCAACCAAUAUUGUUAAAGAACAAAAUUUUGUUCCACAGAAUGACCAAUCUACACCAACAGUACCAUUCCGGGUUAGUUCUAUAAAAAAAAGCAAUGACUUAUCCUCCAAAAAAAAUCCAAAUAAAAAUUGUGUAACCCAAACUAAAGUAAGGAAACCGAUACCGCCUUUGGUAGCUCUUCCAGUGCCAAUGUCAGAAAUGUACAACGCAUUCAUGAAUGUUAAACCACAAAACAGUCACUCGUUAUUGAGGAAUUUAAAUUUGCAGUUUCAGGGACCUAGCUCUAUGCAGAACCCAGCCACUACUUCUGACUCCAUGCAGAAUCCAGUCACUAUUACAGAUUCUAUGCAGAAUGUAGUUACUACUUGUGAGGUUCCAAGGCCAUCUUCAGCGAAAAAAAACAGAAUUACAGCUGUCACUUCUAAUGAGUCAGAUGCACAAGAGGGAGAAUUUUAUAGGGAACUUUUAACUCAAAAAAAAACAGAAGGAAAUCAUAUAAAUCAUAAAAUUCCUAUCAACUCCAAGUUUGCCCAGCUAAUAACCAUCAAGAGCAAACAGUCUGCCACGUUGCCAUUAAAUCCAAACCAACCCGGCACAGCAGAUACACAGGUACAACAAACGCAUCUGAAUUCCUUUGCUCAUGUUCCUGGAACCUCUGUUGCAUCUAGGAUUUAUCCCUCAUUAGCUUCAUUUACUCCUCAAAUAGUCAUCAAUGCUAAACAACCUCCAGAUCCUCAGUCUGCCUCCUUCCUGUUGAAACCAAAUCAUUCAGAUGCAGCAUAUUUACAGCUUUCUAACACACCUCUGCACUCUGUUGCUUCUCGUGUGCCUGGAAAUCCAGUUGUUUCUUUGCCUUCAUUUUCUCCUCUAGCUAUCAGCACAAAACCACCUCCAAUCUCUCACUCAGCCAACCUACCACUAAAUCCAAACAAGUCACAUGCAGCUGAUAAACAAGCACGUUACACGCCACUGUACUCAUUGGACCCCAAUAAACCAGUGACUUCUGUUGCUUAUCAGGUUUGUCACUCACCGCCUUCAUUUACUCAGCAUAUACAAACACAGACUGAAACUUCUCCUGUAGUUAAUCAUAAAUCAGCAAGGAGAAAAAGUGUGAAUCAUGGUAACCCAACAUGAAAAGAGUAGUGUAGGUUGCAGUAUCUCAGGGCAUUUACUUUUAAAUUCAUACUGAUAUUUAUCAUGUUUUGACACCUUGGAAAGAAAAUGACUUAUUUAAUGCAGAUAAUAAUUGUGGCUUACAACUGUAGAAGCCUUUUCCAUGAAAGGGAGUUAUUGAGUGUAAAUAAUCACCCUAUUAUAUUUUCUUAAAUCAAACUUAGUUAUUUAAACAACUUGGGCAAUUUCUGUGUAAUAUUCCUUGCAUCUUUCAUUGUUCAUUGGCUAAGAUUCUCUUGCCCAAUGUUCACUCUUCUGUAAAAACAAUUCUGUUGAAUUGUGGAGCUUCAGUUUUAGUUUCAACUUAUACCAUCCAAGGUUAACAACUAUCUUUUUGUUUUGUUUUUUUGUUAACUGAAAGUUGUUUAGUUAUUUCAGAUGUUUUAGGAAUGCUAAUAGAUCUGAAAUAACUAAAA